CAGGCGCACAGAAGUAAAGGUGUACAGUUGGUGACACUCCCCGACGAUUAAAAAAGUUCGCGUGAGGACUGAGUUGGAAACUACCAUGUUUCAGCUUUGACAUUAGAGACAGACUAUUGUCAUUUGUUAUUGGAUGUUAAAGAUGGCAGCCAUGGUAAAGUCACAAAAUCAUGCAGGGAUUCUGCUUCGAAGUAGAUCUGAGGGAACACUGAUAGAUCUAGAUGAGAAUGUGACCAUCAACAACAACAACUUUAAUGGGAGCUAUGCUCAUCAGAUUGGAAUUGGAAAAACCUCUGAGUGGCCAAAUCUACUGAAAGAGAAUGUACAUCCCAAAAAAAUGACUAACCCCUUCUGGAAUCAGCUGGGCCAAUCAAAUCCAUUCUUAAAUGAUAUCGUACACAUGAGCACCUAUGAUUCUGGUGUGUCCAUACUGAAAGAGGAUCCUUUAUCACUGUUCGAUAAUAAUAAUGAAGACUCUGUCAGCACAUCUUCAGAUGAAGCAAACUAUGCCCAUCUUUUAGCACCCAGACAAAGCAAUCUAAAUCGAUCUGGGAGGUGGAGAAGUGCCUCAGAUAUACUUGACAGUCUUGAGAAAAAGGAAAACAAGAGGGAGAAGCGACUGAACUCUCAAGGACCUUUCCUGAAUCCUGAUUUUGAGUGGUUGAAAAAUGACAGAGAAGCUUACAAAAUGGCUUGGCUGAGUCAUAGACAGCUAACCAGGUCCUGCUUGGACCUGAGCCUAAUGAAGCAAAGUCCUGGAUGGGCUCAGACCCAGGCCACAGACAUCCAAAUUGUCUGCCAGAUUGACCACAAUGGAGGCUCAGUGCAGUUGCCCGACACUGACAUCACAGCUCAUGUUCCUCAGGGACACAUCCCCCCAGGUGAGAUCCAGGAAAUUGCCCUCAAAAUUAUCCUAAAUCCUCCCACUGGAAUAAACAACAACUACACCAUGACUCUGAGCCCCCUUUUAGAGGUCAACUUCAGUAACCUCAAUGUUUCAGGGGGCAUUUCGCUGGAAAUGAGAAUGGCUGCUAAAGUUAAGAAUGACCCCACAAGCCACGUUAUGACAUCAUUUGUGGGUCUGGUCUCGCAAAGGAAAGAGGGACCUUAUCAGAAGUUAAAAGAUUGUUACGUAUACAAUGAUAUGUUACAAAUGAAGCUCCUAGAUUUAAAACCUCACAUGUAUGUCAUAACUGCUGCAGAGGCCACUGUUCUGGAGCCACCUGCUACGUCAGUAUGGGAUUACUUGGAUCGCUAUGUCACGGUGGCCGUCUAUGGGCCCAAGCACAUACACCCAUCCCUUAAAAUAGUUCUGGUCAUCUCGUGCCAUAACAAUAUUCCUCCCAGGCUCCCAUUCUCUGACAUCCAGAGGGGUAACCGGAACCUGCCCCCUGUUGUUUUGGAACUUUGGGGGAAAAAUACAUUUAACCCACAUGGUCUGAAAGAUCUUCACAUUGCUUCAAGUGUGUUGAACUCAAACUUUGAAGUGAAAUCAAUUGAUCGUAAUAAAGAGGUCAAACAGGAGCAGCUUAAAGCUGGCAGAGUGCUUCAUCUUCCAUUGGAGCUUUCGAAGGUGGGUGGAGGUGAGAUGAGUCCAUUCAAACUCAAUAUUGAGGUGAAAGACUCAAAGAGUCUUGCUUUGGGAGACUUUUGCUUUACCUCCCCUGACACUUCCCCUCUGAGGUCAGACAAACAUGGCCACAGGCGUUCAGACUGGCAGAGAGAAGUAACUCGUUCAAUGCCCAUUCCCGAGGAAUCCAUCCCAGAAGUCCUUACCAAGAAAUUUCAGGACAGGCCUGUGGAUUUGCAGUGGUACGGAGUAGCACUGAAAUCCAUUCUUCGACAACCGAGAGUUGAAUAUCUUCUGGAGUAUUUUAAAGGUGAUACAAUUGCUUUGCUCUCCAAAGAAACUGUUAGAUCUGUAGGUCAGCUAAAGGUCAAGGAGUGGUAUAUUGGUUUUCUUCGAGGAAGGAUCGGCCUGGUGCACUGCAAGAACCUGAAGGUCAUAACGAAGGAUCAAGUCAUCGACUUCAAUGGAAUUAAGCUCACCACACAAAUUCUCCUGGACAAUAUGGCAAUUCCUUUUAAGAAACUCACAUACAUGUACUCUGCUAUUCAGAUGUUGGUCACGGAUCAUGUAAAAUGCUGGAAAACCUUUGCUGAGGCUUUGGGUUACUCUGACAUCUCCAUUGAUGCUAGCUCUAGGAGACAUGCUGAAACAGAGGCAGAAAAAGUAGCUUGCGUUCUUGAAAAGCUGAAGGAAGAUUGUCAUGCAGAGAAGAUGAAGAAAAAGUUCCAACAUGAGCUUAUUAUUGGGCUGUUGAAGAUGGAUGCUCAAGGACUAGUAGCCCAUAUCAUCCAGGACAUAGUGAUUCUGUCCACAGCAGUCGAGCUGGGAGUGCGAUGGAGAGAACUAGCCGAGCGUCUUGGUAGACUCUCAAAUGUUCAGAUUGCUGCUUAUGAGGCACCACACAGAGGGAAAAAUGGAGAAGUUAGUACUCAGUCAAUGUGGAAGCCUGCAUAUGACUUCCUGUAUGCCUGGAGUAAGCGGUAUGGAGAUGGCUACAGGGAUAUGAUCCAGGACCUUCACCUGGCCCUUGAUAAGAUGAAGAGCCCAGUGACCAAGCAGUGGAGACAGAUCACCGGAGCUCUCAUAACCGUCAACUGCAUGGAGAUUCUGAGGGCUGCCAUUGUCCUCAGUGAUUAAUGAUGCCUCUCUUUUUGUGCACCCACACUUCAUAUUGAGGUAAACCAUGUUCAUCUUGUUAGCUGUGUGGUAUUUUUUUUUUUUAUGUGAUAACAUGUGUACUUUUAAUGACAUUUGCUCUUUGAAAAGUACAGAAUUUUCGUUACUGUGUACCUGUCUGUAUUUUAUAUGUGUUGUGUUUUAGCAGACUACAGAGUUACAGCACUGUUGUUUCAUGUUGAAUUUACUUUGACAUGGUGAAAUAAUUAAACUUUGGUAAACCUUUUGUCUGAUUGCCAAAUGCAAGUGCAAGGCUGUUGUAAUUAGAUUUGCACUGGCAGGACAUUAUAUUUGUAAUUAGGUCCCUUAUGCAAUACUACAGAUUUUAAGGGUUGUUUGAGGGGAAUAAAUAGCUGUUGGCACAUAUUUACUAUAAAAGAUUGUGAUGGCAUUCCAGAUGAACUGCCUCAAGGUUACCUACUUUGUUUUCUGUAUUUUAGUUAAACACAUUUUUUCUGAAUCAUACUGUCUGUCUGUACCUAUAUGUUAUUAAUAUUCAAAGUUAUAUGUGUAAUAUUUGAUGGAAGUGUUACAUGUGUUUUGGUCCUUGCAGACAGUGAUCCAUUGUUAUUCUUUAUUGUAUUAACAUACUGAUACACUGACGAAUAGUGUCAGUAUCACAAGUUAUAACAUUAUACUACGUUUUCAUCUAAAGUCAUUUAACUUUGUUACCCUUAAGUAUAGUGCUUGAUUCUGGCAAAUUGUAUUUAUCUAUUUUUUUUAAUUGUGAGUUUGGCAUCAUGUGUAUGAGAUAAGUUGUCAUUUUAAAUAUGCAAACUACAGUGUUUAAAUGUAAGUGUCCGUAAAAUAUAUUUUAUAUUGCUGUAUUUGUUUUCACAAAAAUUUUUUAUGCUAAUACAGUUGUAGAUUUGUAUGUAACACUGUUAAAAUAUAACCAUUUAUGUCAUGAAGGAGCUCUAUAAUAAAGGGCAAAGAUAAUAAUAUUAAAAAUGUGUAUGUAUUUUGACCAGGGCUGGUACUUGGAUGCAAUCCUUGGGGAGGGGGAGGGGGGUUCUUAAGGGUGGGCAAGUGCUUGUCUCUUCGUCAGACCGCAGUAGGGUGGCCCUCUUGAUCGUUUUGCCAUCUAUCCAGAACUGUAGAGGCACAAGGAAAAUAUAGGGGGUUAAUUCCCCCCUUAGACCUAUCCAUAAUUUUGAGCUCAAAAAUUAUUUGAGGAAAUAUUGGUUAAAAGAUCUCAUUUGAUUCGAUGAUAAAAACACAAGGGACAGCAUAUCAUAACCACACAUGACAUAAUAUCUGCAUUGCUUUCUGAUUAGUCCAGCAAUGUGCAGCUCAGCCUCAAAUCUGUCAAAAUCUUUCAUUGAUUAAAAAAUGAUGUCGUUAUUUAGACACCAAUGGCAUCUAGUGACCUCAAUGUCACAGCUUCAAUUGCUAUAUAGGAUGAGACUCCUAAUGGUCAUUAGCCUUCAAUCAUGCCAGUUUCUCAGAACUAUUUCAGUAGUACGUACAGUCCAUUGCUUAUAGCGCUCUUGGUUUUUCAGUCACACAUAGACGCAUAGCCUCUUCAAAUUCCCAACCUCUUACACGCACACCAAAAUGUCCUUCACCCCUUUCUGACGUAUCUCUUGUACAUCCUAAUCUCCAGUGUGCUUAUUUAACUUGUGUGUUUGCCUAAGCCUUAUCCCACUAAGAGUCUCAUUGUUCAGUGUUGCUCUCUAAGAGUUCAGCUCAGCUAAGCCAUAUUGAAUGAUUUUAGAGAAUGUCAUGAUUAUGUACCAUAAAUAACAGUUUAACAAAGCUAGGUUAUGUAUGUCGUAAGAAUGAGCUGCCUGCAGAGUCAGUCUUUGAGAAAUAAUUGAUUAGCAUUUUCUGAAUACGUUCUGAUAUCCAAUUUUAAUGUGCAGAAUAAAUUUUUUGUAAAACAGUUGUAUGUUCUGAUGUAAGCAUUGUGGCUCUCUGGCACUCUUAAAUCAUUGAUCUGUUAGAGCAACUCAUAGCACGAGUUGGGGGGUGGGAUUAUAUGUUUGUCCAACUUAUGGAAAACAGGAACGUUUUGGAAACCUGUUUGAAACAAGUUAUUAUCUUUGCAACUCCGUUUGGUGAUGCUAGUGGUGCAGAAAUUAUACACUUUUCCCAACUGUUAACAUGGAUACAUGUACCUAUUUUCCCUAUUUUAUUAAAUCAUGAUACCAAUUAAGUGUAUGAUGUAAACAAAAUAUAAAACAACUGUAAAAAAUAUAAAAUGAGCAUCCAUUAAUAAUAGAUUGGCAGCUAAUGCUACCAAAGAUAUAUAUAUAUAUACAUAUAGUGCUGCACCAAUGAGUGGUGGUGGUGUAGUGGUCUAAACCACAUAACUGUUAAUCAGAAGGUUGCAGGUUUGAUCCCCACAGCCACUACCAUUGUGUCCUUGAGCAAGGCACUUAACUCCAGGUUGCUCCGGGGGGAUUGUCCCUGUUAUAAAGGCUCUGUAAGUUGCUUUGGAUAAAAGCAUCUGCCAAAUGCGUAAAUGUAUGUCAUCAUUGUAUUAUUUGUUCUAAAAACGAUAUAAAACUAAAACCCAUAUAAAACUAAAACCCAAAGUUUUUUUUUUAAACAUCAUAAACACUUUCCUGAAUAAUACAGUAACAUGAGCUUGUGGAAAACAAAUAUAUUGUAUUUAAUAUAUACAUUAAACUGUAUUGCUAUAUAUGACAUUUAUGCUUUCGGUUAUAGUUUUUAUAUAUAC